AUGAAGACCACCGCCAUUAUCAGCACUGUUCUCCUGGCCACAGCCAGCACCACCCUAGCAGCCCCGAGUGCCCUCAAGCGAGCAUUGCAACCCCUGCAACUGACGAACCUGUCUGGAAACCUUUACUCCGAAACACUUCCUACAACCUACGAUAUCGUUUUUGCGCUCAGUGAUCCCAACACGAAUAUUGAUACGCAUUGCGAUGCUGUGUGGUCUGAAGGUCAGGCUGGAACCCUGAUGUUCAGCUGCUCGAACCCGGCUUACCAGGUUAACUUUCCCGACGGCAUCUAUGAUGUUGAGAACUUUGUGUUGCGGGUUGCUCGUCUUGAUGGUACGGAGAGUGGUCAGAGUACUGUCUCUGGUGCUGAGUGGGAGUGUACGACAAGUACUGGGUAUCCUGAGAAGUCGUGUCGGUGGGUUGGUGUUUUUGACAUUGAUGUGACUGCGUCUUCUUGA